CAGGGGUGCGGGGCGGGAGAGGGCCGGCCCACGUGGACCGCGGGGCCAGGCAGGGGCAGGAGCAGCCGACCGGCCCUGCCAAUCAGCGCGGCCCGCGGCGGGCCCGGCCCCUCCUGGCCAGCGCGCUAGCUGGGCUUGGCUCUGCUCUGCUAGCAGCGCGCAGCCCUGGACGUGGCGCGCCCACUGCGCGCGCGGCUGCUGUCGAACGUCGGGAGUCCAGCAUCAGCCGCCUCUUCGCAGUCAGUGCUUCUUCCGCGGCACCUUCGGGCUUCUCUUGGGAGAGGCGUGGGAACUUUCCUUCUGGCGAGGCUGCGGAGGUGAUGGGCCGCUCCGGGCGGGGCCCGCGGGAAGGCGGCAAGGUCUUCUAAGCUAUGAUAAUUUUUUGGAACGGCAGAAAUGAUUAGUUCUAGCUACAGAUGGGAAUUUGGAGUCACUCUGAAAUACAUCCUGGAAUAAUUGUGUUUGACUGGAACCAAAUCUUACGAAGUCUCCAAGGAUGAGAGUCUGUGCUAAGUCAGUGUUGCUGCCGCACUGGCUCUUUCUAGCCUACGUGUUAAUGGUGUGCUGUAAGCUGAUGUCCGCCUCAAGCCAGCACCUCCGGGGACAUACAGGCCACCACCAAAUCAAGCAAGGGACCUGUGAGGUGGUCGCCGUGCACAGGUGCUGCAAUAAGAACCGCAUAGAAGAGAGGUCUCAAACGGUCAAGUGCUCUUGUUUCCCGGGACAGGUGGCAGGCACAACUCGAGCUCAGCCUUCUUGUGUUGAAGCUUCCAUCGUGAUUCAGAAAUGGUGGUGUCACAUGAAUCCCUGUUUGGAAGGAGAGGAUUGUAAAGUGCUGCCAGAUUACUCAGGUUGGUCCUGUAGCAGUGGCAAUAAAGUCAAAACUACGAAGGUAACACGGUAGCAAAGAGAGAGGUGUGCUUCAUUCCUGGAGGGGCAGCAGGAUGCAGAUCUCAUUUGCUGAAAUUCCCAUCCUGGCCACUUUGCAGAAAAUUGUCUUGGAUUUCAGCAACUUCAUAUUUGUAUAUGUGUGCUGUGAGAAGUGGCAUUCACUUAACUGGCCCAGCCCUCUCUGCUUUGUGAUUUUAUUUCAUUGAAUUUAACUGCAAGCCACCAUUCAUUUGACAUCCUAUCUGGAUUCCCAACGAACAUACCUCCAAAAUCCUAGAAGAGCAAAUCACAGUUUUCAAAAUACAUCACGACUACGAACACCUUCGGUCUUUACUUUCAUUUGUACUUUCUUUCUACCUUUACAAAAGAACUUGGAUGUAUGUUUCAAAAGAUCCUGUUCUGUUCCUCUUUUGACUUUUCCUUUUGCUUUUGUAUUAAGUGGUUUUAAAGGGGUCUAAAUAAAAGAUUUUUAGCAAAUAUAUUUGCAGAUGUAGAUUAAUUGGCGAAGAAAACUACUGGUAGAGAUCAAGUGAUUAACUGGUAAAAAGAACAUUUAUUUUAUAAACCCUUGACAAUAGAAGGACAUAGUUGGAAUGUUGUGUGUGCAUUGUAUUUUUUACUUUUGACAAUUUUUUUGCAUUUUGCUUUCCAUUGUCAGGUUAGCAGAGAUAAAAUGAGAGUGUUUUAACUUCAAUGCACCAUUUUACUGAGUGCUAAGGAAGCAUAUCAAUUCCAAUAUUUUAUAACCAAAGCUCUAUCAGAACAUAUUUAUAAAAUGUGUUGAAGUUUUUAUGGCUUUUGUGUAGUCAUGAAGAUAAAUCAUUUAAAAUAUAAAACAAUCUAAAUUUAGAUCAAGGGUGAUUUCUUAGAUCAAAUUUAUGCCAAUUCUAUGAAAAUAUUUUGUUACCUCCCGAAGAGGAGUCUUUCAGUGCUGAAAUUUUAGACAGUAAAUGAGUUGUUCUUAACUUAGCUGUUUCCCUACUUGUUAGCCAUCUUAUUUCUUUAAAACCUGAGUCUUGAAUGGCUUAAUGAUUUUUCAGCAGACAUGUCUCCACAUAUUCACAGAUGCUGUCAUGCAGAAACGUAUGAAACAGAUGAAGAACGACUAAGCCAGAUUUUAAAUGUAUAAUAUUAUUAAAAUACUACAAAAGUAUGGGGUGAAUUUUGUAUAUUAAGAAAUGCCAAAAACAUAGUUUCUGCACCAAGUUAAUUAAUUAUCCCUGUCCUUUCACAUUUUGGGGGGAAAGUAAAUCAAUACUUCAAUGUCGUUUAUAGCAUAACAGUUACCUGAUUUUAUUCUUGCAGAAGGAAUGAUUUGUUUGCUAAAUUUUUGCCUAGAUGCUUACUAAAUUUGUUAUGAUCAUAUGAAUAAGUAAAAAAAUUCAUCCUGCUUAUGGCAUACAUGUUUUUGUGGUUAUAUAUGCCUUAAGACUGUUAACAUUCUACCUAGGCUUGCACAUUUUAAAUGUGAAAAACUCCUUUUAAAAAUAACUUUAAAAAUAACAUUUAACUUUGGGGAUGUGAACUAUAUAGUAAAGUUGCCACAUGUAUUUGAGUGGCUCCAUUUCUUCUCCCAAGCUUAUUUACCACCAACCUUAGGCACACUCAUUUAGUAUUGAGUUAAAAUAUAUCUAAGGCGAUUUUAUGGUACAUGGAACAGUAACUUAAUUUUUUAGCCCAUGUGUCUGAUCUUGUACCCCAAAUAAGAUCAAGUAACAAUGACACUACUUCACCUUAAGGUACAUCCCUGGCGAGUAAACCACUUCCAGGGAAUCAGUGGUCCAUUGGGGAAAAUGGCAGCCUCUUUAAGCCUUUCUCCACAGCCUAAAGCUUGAGGCAGCUCUGGAAAGCGUGAGCUGGCUGUUUCCUCACUGCUAGCUCUGGACAUAAAAUCACUUUCCUUUCACUUCGCUUCAUCUUGUUAUUGGUUUUACAAGUGGUGAGCAGAUAAGCCUGUACUUGAUUGUAAGAGCAGAUACAAUCUAGCAUAUGUUAUGUGGAUUUCCAAGGUUGCUUAAGUAUACAGAUGUGGCAACAUUGAGCCUAUGUUCUCUCACAUCGACCCUGUUGGAUGCAGAGGAGAAACUGUCCCUUUUAUGGGUCUAUAUAUACUCCCUCAUCUACCACCAUCACUACGUGGACAGCUUCUUUUAUUUGAAUUUUUGCAAGAACCUGUUGGUAUGUAUACAAGAUUGAGCAUUAACUCUUGAAAGUGGCAAUGGAAACACCAUACCAAAAAUGCCUAUUUCACAGAUAAAUUGGAAAAUGCUUCUGUACAAAAUUCUUUGUGCACUAUUAGGGACCCACUGACCAAGGAUAAAUCCAAUGCUAGUCUGAUGACGAACUUCACCAUUUAGUAAAGCAGUCUAGCCUGAACAAACUGGCAUAGUAUUUUCAUAUAACCUAUGUACAUCCUCCCAUAAACUUUAAGACAUCUCUAGGUUACUUAUAAUACCGAAUACAAUGCACAUGCUAUAUAAAUGGUCAUUAUACUGUAUUUAGGGAAUAAUGACAGGAAAAAAGGUCUGUACAUGUUCAGUAUAGACACAGCCACCUUUAUUUCCCCUCGAGUAUUUUUGAUCCACAAUUGGUUGAAUUUACAAAUGCCCAUGGACUGUAAUAAGCUCCUAAUAAAGUUGUGCACCAUUUAUGAAUAACUUGUAGUCCAACUAGUCACUUCAUGCCAAAAGAAACCAAAAAGUCUUCACUGAAAAGUGGGCUUAAGGUUUAAGUGCAUGCAGCUGAUAGAAAAUUGGGAACAAAUAAGACUAGAUCUUUUAGUGUUUUUUUCUUGUUUCCAAGUUAUUGAGAACUUGGGAAAGUAAAGAAAGGACGAACUCAAAGAACACUCAAGAAUCAUUGCUUCCUAUUGCCCUUAGCUGUGAGUUUGGCACAAUGUUGGAAACCCUUGUGCUUUCUUCAUGGACAGGUAAAUGCCUUGGCCUGUAAUACCUAUCUGGUGGACAUGAGAGCACCACCGGAAAGAUGCAAAAUACGGGUUAUCCCGAUUGAAUCUGAAACAUGAGACAACAGAUGCCAGCCAGAUAGACACACACCCACACACCAGUUCUUUCAGGUUCAUCUUGCAAAAAACUCAAGCCCCAUUCAGCAGCCAUAGGAAAGGAAACAAUCAUUUCAAGUUACAAAGUAAUCUUGUAAACAGAACUUGGAACCAAAAAGCCCAGUGAAUAAUUGAUGAACAGUUACUGAUGCAUGUUGGGCAUCUUUGUAGUAUUGAUUUUUGGCUAUGAAGAAAGCAGGACUCUGAAAGCUCAUACUUUCAUCUCUCUCCUAUUCAGUGCUAUCAGUCUUCAUAGUCCACUUACAUGUUAGGAAUGUAACAUGAUGCACAUUUUAUGUUCUUCAUUUGGGCCCUUGCUCUCUGUGGAUGAGGUUUCUGACUCAUCCCUUAAUUAUCAGCUUUGAUUCUCUUAAUGAGAACUUAUCAAAAUAGUUCAGGACACCGAAUUAUUAGUUGAAUAACUGUAAUUAAUGAUCAAGAGAUGGAAGUAAGCAAAUAAAGUUUAGUCUUCUACUUCCAAGUCUGAAAUACUAUUCUCAGCAGUUCAGUUGGGUCUCUGAACUUCUCUGCCUUCUCUUUGAAUUUCAGCUUCACCAUUGCUUUGCUACAUAUAUUAAGUUCAGUGCUCAGUGUUGUAUAGGCCAUUCACAGAUAACACAGAAAAUAAAAUCAUGCCCUUGCUAUUUUACCAUUGCAAUAACUGAAAAGAAAACAAAAAAUAAUCCAUAGUUUCUCACACACAAGUCAAUAGAGUUGGAAUGUUUAGCUCAGCUCAGUGGGGGAUGGGUUGAAAUAGGAAUCAGGACAAUACUUCGGAAUAUUUAAAUAUUUAUGAGUGCUAUAUAUCUGAUAGAAGACUGAAACUGAUUCUGAAUACUACAGUGAAGAAACUAAGGUAAAAUUACUAGGUUUCAGCUUGACAAAGUUAGUGACAAACUCUUGAAACUGUCAAAGUCAG